AUGCCUUUGAUACAGAGCUCGCAAGAUUACCUGCCUUACAUUGACGCGGUGCCGUCCGAGCAAGAGAUCAGUUUAGCACGCGCUCUCAUCCACGCCGAACUGCCUGAGGACCACAAGACGACACUACACCCUUCAAUACCAGAACGCACCCCCAUCAAUUUCAGCGACCUAGUCCAAGCCGAGCACCAUCGAUUGUCCUCGGGAGCAGAGAAGGAGCAGGGUAUCGACCUGUCACGCUACGAAGCCCAGGAUGCUCCUCCAACAAACGAUGCCGAACAAUGGCGCGCAACCCUUCAGCAAGCAUACGCAUCAUCAGAGUACCUAGAGUCGCGCCAAGUCAACUUGUCACUACUGGAAACAUACGGCAAGAACGCAUGGUUGAUCUCCAACGAUCAGCUCGAAGGAAUUCUGCGCGCCGCAGAGCGCGACGUCUCACAAAGGAAGAUCGAGCUUGAGCACAUCGAUAAGGCAAGAAGAGAUACUCAGGCCGCUCGUAAGGGUGAACUGGAAGCCCUGGAGCAGCAGUGGAAGAUUGGUGUUGGUCAGAUGAUUGAGGUCGAGGUUGCCGCUGAGAAGCUCAGGCUGGACAUCCUGGACAAGAAGAGAGCCGGCGCAAGAUGA